GGGUGGAGUCACCCCGGGGACUGGACGGGAACCUGGCGGGGUCAGCUCCCGUCAAGCUGCCGGGCUCAUGGCUGUGUGGGGCCUGGGGAGCCGUCUUGGCCUGCGCGGGUGCUUCGGCGCCGCCAGGGUCCUGUAUCCCCGUUUCCAGAGCCGCGGCCCGCAGGGCGUGGAAGACGGGGACAGGCCACAGCCUUCCUCGAAGACACCCAGGAUCCCCAAGAUUUACACCAAAACGGGAGACAAAGGGUUUUCUAGUACCUUCACAGGAGAAAGGAGACCCAAAGACGAUCAAGUGUUUGAAGCCGUGGGAACUACAGAUGAAUUAAGUUCAGCUAUUGGGUUUGCUCUGGAAUUAGUCACAGAAAAGGGCCACACAUUUGCCAAAGAGCUUCAGAAAAUCCAGUGCACAUUGCAGGACGUCGGCUCGGCCCUGGCGACACCACGCUCCUCGGCCCGGGAGGCUCACUUAAAGUAUACCACGUUCGAGGCGGGGCCCGUCCUGGAGCUGGAGCAGUGGAUUGACAAGUACACCAGCCAGCUUCCACCACUCACGGCCUUCAUCCUGCCUUCGGGAGGCAAGAUCAGCUCGGCGCUGCAUUUCUGCCGGGCCGUGUGCCGCCGGGCCGAGAGACGUGUGGUGCCUCUUGUCCAGAUGGGAGAGACCGAUGCGAACGUGGCCAAGUUCUUAAACAGACUCAGUGACUAUCUCUUCACGCUAGCCAGAUAUGCAGCCAUGAAGGAGGGGAAUCAAGAGAAAAUAUACAAGAAAAAUGACCCAUUGGCCGAGUCUGAGGCACUCUGAAAUCACAGAAAUGGGAGCUUGGAGGAUCCCUCCAUGGUGAUGGCCGUGGAGAGAGGAGCUUGCCCUUCUGGGGUCCUGGUUCCUGAAGAGCUCACCCAGAGAGGCUUAAAGCAGCCUUUUGUCCCAGCUCAGCUUUGCUCUACACCUCCUGCCACCUUCCUCAAGGGACUGUGACCGUUUGGUGAUUCUUUCCCUGACCCUGCUUCCUCAAGCUCUCCUGGGUCUUGGAGGGAUGUGGGAAUGAAUUGUCAUUGCAGGAAAGACAGGUAAAGUGAUUGCUGCAAUAAGAAGGAGCUGUGCGGAAAAAGAAUAAAAGUGGGAAAGGCUGGAGCCGCGUGUGUGUGUGUGUGUGUGUGUGAGAGAGAGAGCGAGAGCCCUCCCACUGCCAGCUCAGGUUGUUCACAGAUUUGGAAAGGGACCAGAGGCCCUUGAAAAUGUAAUUGUGAUUUACCUGUGCCAAAGGGGCUUUAAAUGUCACAUUUGUAAAGGGGAAGGCGGACAGGAUUUGGAAGUUUAGUCACCUCUGAGCCACCCAACACCGCCAAAGUGUGGGGGAAGGAUAGCUGCAGAUUGACAGGCGAGGCUCAGAAACUCCUGGCUUAGAUUGAAGUGUGUGUGAUGGGGGUGCAGCUUAGAGGACCCGCUCUGAAAGGGAUGGAGACCCUGGUGAGAACAACACUACCACUUGAAGGUGAACAUUCCCUGUCUGGUUGGACUGAGUCGAGGGUCUGCGGUGCAGCAUCUUCAGCUUGAGAAAAUGAGGUUGUCAGUUUCCAGUGAGGCUGACAUCCACCAGACUGAUUUCUCCGAUGUUGCACUUGGCUGGCUUAUGCCUCUGAGAUCUAUGCCACGGCUGUAUUUAUUUCAGUUGUCACUGCUGCUCCCUCCUGCUAUGAAACAACACUGCCAGUGCCAGCAGUGUCCUUGGGAAAGGCGAUAUUUAUGAAGGGCAGAAGAGGCAGCCCCAAAAACCUAAAGACUGCAGGCUGCUAAUUGCAGGAAAUGACUUUGGAAGGGCAGGCUCUUGUCGAGUGUCAGGGCUGAAAUGCCUGGCGAACUCCAUUCAGCUGUCACGUAUUGACUGAGUGGCUGCUUAGCAUGGGCCACCGCGCGAAGCUCGGGACAGCUGGUCUUUCCGGCCAUCUUUCUUGCUGGCAAGUCAGCAAACAUUACAUUCUCAGUCACAUGCAUAUUUUUGCUUUCAUUCUUACCACCUUGCCUGCAAAGUUUGCAGGAGGGCCAGGUAUAUUCAUUUGUGUCUUCUGGGUCCUUUCAUUGCUGACAGGCUGUGAUGGCCUUCUCGAGCCCUGGGCAGGGUGGGUGAGGUGCAGAUGACCAGGAGAGUGUGAAUGCCUUCCAGGAGGUGGCUUUGUUCUGUGCCUCCCUGCCCCCAUAGUCACUACCAGGUCUGGUACGGAGUCAGUGCUCAGUGUUUGCAAAACAGAGCUGAAAACGGACUUUGGGAGGCCGAGGCAGGCAGAUCACCUGAGGUCAGGAGUUUGAGACCAGCCUGGUCAACAUGGCAAAACCCCAUUUCUGCUAAAAAAAAAAAAAAUUAGCUGGGCAUGGUGGUGGGUGCCUGUAAUCCCAGCUAUUCAGGAGGCUGAGGCAGGAGAAUCACUUGAACCCAGGAGGCAGAGGCUGCAGUGAGCCAAGAUCGUGACACGACACUCCAGCCUGGGUGACAGAGUGAGACUCUGUCUCAAAACAACAACAACAACAACAACGACAAAAAACCCUGAAAACGCAAUCAGUAAGGCUCGGUCAGGGAGUAUGUUCAAAGAGCUUUGCAGCCAAUCACUCAGUUCUGUCUAUACCUCAGAAUCUUCCUGCAAUAUAUAUAUACAUAUAUAAAAUAACACAGCAGCCCUGCAUGCCUAGCCAUGGGAAAGCACAGCCUCCAAGGGAUAAGGAAAGCUCUUUGAGUACAUACAACACCCUAAAGUGACAAUCUUUGAAACAAGGCUGUUCACCUGUUGCCAAGUCCUGUCCUUCCAGGACCAGGUGUCACAGGCUGGAUGUUAACAGUCGUGUUCUCAGACCCCCGCCUCUGUAUCUGUGUCCCGGUUCACCAGCAAACACUUCUCUGAGAAACCACCCGGGUGCAGGGCAGAUGCCACCACUCAGCAGGUGUUUCUCUCCUGUGCUACCAACCUGGGAAAAAUGGAGAAGGCUUGCUUUGGGGGCUGGAAGGAUGGGGUGUUUAAAACAUUUGCUCUUUUGCAGUGCCUUUCAAAAGCUCUAUCAAGAGCCCGAGGCAAAAGAAAAGAUGCGCACUCCUCUGUACACUGAGCAAAUGUCCUCCCACAUUUUGAACCAGUUGGGAAAAGUUAAUAAAAGCCCUACAAAUCAGGAAACAUGACUGCGAAGCCCCCGCUGCCCCAGUGUUUGCCACAUCACUGGCAACUCUCAGAAACAAUCAGUCCCAUUGCAUGGGAACGUGAGGUUUUGAAACAAACAGCAGCCUGUUUUUAUUUAAAGUCGUGAUCCCUUGCUUAUCGUAGAUUUUUUUCAUAAUUUGAUUUUGGAAAAUAUUGCACACAAAUACUACUCGAUCACGGAGUUUGUGGGCACUUCCUUACAUUUUGCACCCAUGAAAAUGCCUCCCCCUCCUCCAGGUCAGGCUCCCUGGAAUAGGGUGUUUAGUGUCAUUUCCAGAGACGAGCUGGCAGUUGGCUCUUCCGUCAGAGAGAAGCCCACAGUCACAGUGACACCAACCCGCACCAUGGAAGGGCUUGCUAUGUGCAGUGCCCUGAGCCAAGUGUUCCACAGACAUUAUCUCAUUUGAACCCCAUAGCAGCCCUGGAAGGAGGCAUUAGGUGGGGAACUGAGUUGUCCUGGGGAGUCAGUGCCAAGAUGUGGGCCCUGGACGCGGCCUCGUCACUCACGGCCCGGUGUUCCUCAGCUCCCACCCACUGCCGCUUGACAGUCAUUUUAAUCACUACCUGGGCUGUGGCGAACAAUGCCAGGCUCUGAUAGAUCCUGCUGUCUCAUUUCUCAACCUAGUUUCCCUUAACUGAUAUUUCAUGGCUAUUGUUAAUGUGCGUUUUUCACCGAGUAAUUUCCAUAGCCCGAACUUGUAACACAUCCCAAUGACAAACGUCCCAGGUUCGGAAGCCCCUGUCAGCGGCAAUGUCACCCUCGCUGCUGCCUCGACACCUUCCGACAGCCCAUUCAGUUUUAUGAUCGCCCUGUCCCAGUGAUCACUACUGAACCUUUAAGAAUCCAGAUGCAUUUCAAGUUUAAUUGAAUAAAAUUCUUUGUAUAAUAAA